AUGGACUGCCACCUUAACGUGGUGGGGGAGUUUGAGUACUCGGAUGAUCCUGGGAGCUAUGCUGUCUGGGGCUUCAUGCCCCUGGUAGGGUCUCCCAUGGCAGACAGGUCUCAGGUGACGAGUCAGACAAAGAGCAGUCCAGAAGACACCAUGGACAGCACAAAUAUGACAUCAGUGACGUCGCCCGGCAUGGCGCAGCCGGGGCCCCACCCUGGAGCCAGGCCUGGGGUCGGGGCUCGUAUGCGAGCGCCUGGUGGCCGGGCCUCAGCCCACGGGGCCCGGCCGGGCUCAGCCCGAAGGGAUGACGUGGGCAGUCCCUCCUGUGGACCCACCACCUGCAGAGGGGUCCGUGGUGGCGCGGUGCUGAGAGGACUGGGCGGCAGUCGAAGGCGGAGACCUCGGCGACCCAGUCCGCACACACAUCUGGCUCUUGGGACGUGGAACGUCACCUCACUGGGGGGGAAGGAGCCCGAGCUCGUGGGGGAGGUUGAGCGAUACCGACUAGAGAUAGUUGGCCUCAUCUCCACACACAGCUUGGGCUCUGGAACCCAACUCCUUGAGAGGGGUUGGACGCUCCACUUUUCUGGAGUUUUUCUGGACUUCUGUGCCAGUCACAGUUUGUCCAUCACGAACACCAUGUUCGAGCACAAGGGUGUCCACCAGUGCACGUGGCACCAGGACACCCUAGGCCGGAGGUCGAUGAUCGACUUUGUUGUCGUAUCAUCUGACCUACGACCGCGUGUCUCGGACACUCGGGUAAAGAAAGGGGCGGAGCUGUCAACCGAUCAUCACCUGGUCGUGAGUUGGAUCCGCUGGCAGGGGAAGAAGCCGGUCAGACCUGGCAGACCCAAGCGUAUAGUGAGGGUCUGCUGGGAACGUCUCGCUGAGCCCCCUGUCAGACAGACUUUCAACUCACACCUCCGGGAGAGUUUCUCCCAGGUCCCGGUGGAGGAGGGGGACAUGGAGUCCGAGUGGACCAUGUUCUCUGCCUCAAUCGCCGAUGCGGCGGCUCGUAGCUGUGGUCGCAAGGUCUCUGGUGCUGGUCCCGGCGGCAACCCCCGAACCCGGUGGUGGACACCAGCACUGUCGAGUACCGGCAGCUGUCGAGUACCGGCAGCUGUCCAGUACCGGCAGGCCAAGCGUGCCGCGGCCCGGGCUGUUGCAGAGGCAAUAACCCGGGACUGGGAGGAGUUCGGAGAGUCCAUGGAGCAUGACUAUCGGUCGGCCUCGAAGAGAUUCUGGCAAACCAUCCGGCGCCUCAGGAGGGGGAAGCAGUUCUUUGCCAACACCAUGUACGGUGCGGGUGGAGAGCUGCUGACCUCGACUGGGGAUAUUGUCGGGCGGUGGAAGGAAUACUUUGAGGUUCUCCUCAAUCCCCCCGUCACGUCCUCUGUUACAGAGGCAGAGGCUGAGGAUGUUGGGGCGGAUACAUCCAUCUCCCUGGCUCAGGUCACCAAGGUGGACUGUCUUGGUUGA